GAAGAUGGUGUUCCUGGCCUCUGAAAAUAUACCAUGUAAAUGGUCGACUGCGAUGUUGAAACCUGGCUUUCCAGUCAAGAUAUUUCUCUGUGUGUUUUUAAUCGUAUAUCUUCCUUCAAGUUCCCUCCAAAGUGAGAAUGAUGACGAUGAAGUUGCAAACAAAACCUGGGUGCUGACACCCAAAGUCUACGAGAGUGAUGUCACUCACAUCUUAAACAGCCUGCUCGAUGGCUACGACAACAAGCUGCGGCCUGACAUUGGAGUGAAGCCCACAGUGAUUCACACAGACAUGUUUGUCAACAGCAUCGGCCCAGUAAAUGCUAUCAACAUGGAGUACACCAUCGACAUUUUCUUUGCCCAGACCUGGUAUGACAGACGGUUGAAGUUCAACAGCACCAUGAAGGUGCUCCGCCUGAACAGCAACAUGGUCGGCAAGAUCUGGAUCCCCGACACGUUCUUCCGCAACUCCAAGAAGGCCGACGCCCACUGGAUCACUACACCCAAUAGGAUGUUGAGGAUCUGGAAUGAUGGACGCAUACUUUACACCCUAAGGUUGACUAUAGAUGCCGAGUGCCAACUUAAACUGAACAACUUUCCAAUGGAUGAGCACUCCUGUCCCCUGGAGUUCUCAAGCUAUGGCUACCCAAAGGAGGAGAUUGUGUACAGGUGGAAGAGGAGCUCCGUGGAGGUUGGAGACAUCCGCUCCUGGAGGCUCUACCAGUUCUCCUUCGUGGGACUCCGCAACACCUCCGAGAUCGUGAGGACUGUCUCAGGAGACUAUGUGGUGCUGACGGUGUUCUUCGACCUGAGCCGUAGGAUGGGCUACUUCACCAUCCAGACCUACAUCCCCUGCACGCUGAUCGUGGUCCUCUCUUGGGUCUCCUUCUGGAUCAAUAAGGACGCUGUUCCUGCAAGAACCUCUUUAGGCAUCACCACGGUGCUGACCAUGACCACCCUGAGUACCAUCGCUCGAAAGUCCCUUCCGAAGGUGUCCUACGUGACGGCCAUGGACCUGUUCGUGUCCGUGUGCUUCAUCUUCGUCUUCGCCGCCCUCAUCGAGUACGGCACCCUGCACUACUUUGUGAGCAACCGGAAGCCUAGCGCAAAAAAGGACAAGAAGAAGAAAAAUCCCCUCCUCCGGCUCUUUUCCUCAAAGCAGACACCCACGGUGGACAUCCGCCCCCGCUCAGCCACGGCCAUCCAGAUGAACAACGCCACGCACAUGCAGGACCGCGACGAGGAGUACGGCUACGAGUGCCUGGACGGGAAGGACUGCACCAGCUUCUUCUGCUGUUUCGAGGACUGCCGCUCCGGAGCCUGGCGGCACGGGCGCUUGCACAUCCGCGUCGCCAAGAUAGACUCGUACGCCCGCAUCUUCUUUCCCACGGCAUUCGGUCUGUUCAACCUGGUCUACUGGAUCUCGUAUCUCUAUCUUUAGAUCCAUCCAUUUCUCUCUUUAUCUUUUUUUUUUUAUUUUAUAUUGUCGUUUUUUGCCGGCCUUAUCGUUCGCCUCUUACUCCAGCAAGACCAUAUCUUUGUUUCUGAAGGGGAC